GAUUCAGUUUAGUUUGGAUUCCCUUACUCGUCAAACGACUCAAUACAAGAAAAUCACGUUUUGAUCCCCUUCUCGAGAAAAAAAAAAAGUGCUAAUCAGAAGAAUGUCUACCGAUGUACGUGGAGUUUUGCUUUCCGGUACGGAAUUAGCAAAGGAAAUUCGAGAGUCAUUAAAGAAAGAUGUAGCGCAAUUGAAAGAGAAAUUACCAAAUUUCACACCGGGUCUUGCUAUAGUUCAAGUUGGUGGCCGAGAAGAUUCAAAUGUCUAUAUUCGAAUGAAGAUAAAUGCAGCCAAUGAAAUUGGAAUAAAAGCAAAUCAUAUGAAACUUCCAAAUACAAUAACAGAAACUGAAUUAAUAAAUAAACUCAAUUAUUUGAAUAAUGAUCCUAAUACACAUGGUAUUAUUGUUCAAAUGCCAUUAGAUUGUGUUAAUACAAUUAAUUCACAUCUCAUAACCGAUAUGGUCUCACCAAAUAAAGAUGUCGAUGGAUUGAAUACAAUAAACGAGGGUAGAGUAGCAAUUGGCGACAUGACUGGAUUUAUGCCUUGUACACCAAACGGAUGUAUUGAACUUAUUAAAAAGAGUGGAGUUCCUAUGGCAGGAGCACAAGCUGUUGUUUUGGGAAGAAGUAAAAUUGUAGGAACACCCGUUGCCGAAUUAUUAAAAUGGCAAAAUGCAACUGUCACCGUUUGUCAUUCAAGAACAAAAGAUAUAGCAAAAGUCGUUUCACAAGCCGAUAUUUUAGUUGUUGGUAUCGGACAACCAGAAAUGGUCAAAGGUUCUUGGAUUAAACCCAGCGCAGUUGUUAUUGACUGUGGAAUUAAUCCCAUUCCAGAUUCGACGAAAAAAUCAGGAAGUCGUCUCGUCGGGGACGUGGCAUUUGCCGAAGCUGUUAAUGUAGCGUCAUACAUUACCCCAGUUCCGGGUGGAGUUGGCCCAAUGACAGUGGCAAUGCUAAUGAAAAAUACCGUCAUCUCUGCUCAACGAUCGGCAAAGAAAUUACUCACAAACGAAUGGAAUUUGAGAAUUUUAAAAUUAAAACUAGAAAAACCUAUACCUAAUGAUAUAACAAUAUCGAGAAGUCAUGAACCAAAGGAAAUCGCACAAUUGGCGGAGGAAAUUGGAAUAAUGCCGAAUGAAUUGAGCUCGUAUGGAAGUAAAAAGGGUAAAGUGAGUCUUAAAGUUUUGCAGAGACUAGAAAAUCAAAAGAAUGGAAAAUAUGUGGUUGUGGCUGGAAUUACGCCAACACCAUUGGGAGAGGGUAAGAGUACAACUGCUCUUGGAUUAGUUCAAGCAUUAUCAGCACACAGGGGAAAAAAUUCUUUUGUCACUUUAAGACAACCAAGUCAAGGACCGACGUUUGGUGUUAAAGGCGGUGCAGCCGGCGGCGGAUAUUCUCAGGUUAUUCCCAUGGAAGAAUUUAAUCUUCAUUUAACGGGCGAUAUUCACGCAGUGAGUGCUGCCAAUAAUCUCCUGGCAGCUCAGGUGGACGCUCGAUAUUUUCACGAAUCGACACAAACCAAUAAAGCCCUAUACGAAAGAUUAGUGCCCACAGUAAAAGGAGUACGACAAUUUUCCAAUAUUCAACUGCGACGUCUGGAAAAAUUAGGCAUUAAUAAAACUGAUCCAAAUAGUUUAACCGAAGAGGAGCAGAGUAAAUUUGUCAGACUUGACAUUGAUCCCGCGAAUAUCACAUGGACGAGAGUUGUGGAUUUAAAUGACCGGAUGUUGAGAAAGAUCACAAUAGGCCAAGGACCAGCAGAAAAGGGCAAAACUAGAGAGACAUCCUUCCGCAUUUCUGUUGGCUCAGAAAUUAUGGCCAUCCUUGCUCUGGCAACAAGUCCCGAAGAUUUAAAACAGAGACUUGGAAAAAUUGUCGUUGGAUUUAGCAAGAGUGGUGUUCCAUUGACAGCAGAAGAUUUCGGUAUGACCGGAGCAAUGGCAAUUUUACUAAAAGACGCAAUUGAGCCAACCUUGAUGCAAAAUAUCGAAGGAACGCCAGUGCUGGUGCACGCUGGUCCGUUUGCAAACAUUGCUCAUGGAUGCUCAUCCAUCAUUGCUGACGCCAUUGCCUUGAAACUCGUUGGUCCCGAUGGAUAUGUCGUGACCGAAGCUGGUUUUGGUUCUGAUAUCGGUAUGGAGAAAUUCUUCAAUAUAAAAUGUCGUACCUCGGGCCACGUACCAAAUGCCGUUGUCCUGGUGGCGACAAUUCGUGCUCUCAAAAUGCACGGCGGUGGUCCUGCAGUUACGCCAGGUGCAGUUCUCAAAAAGGAGUACGUCGAGGAAAAUCUCGAUUUGUUACAAAAAGGAAUUCCAAAUCUUCAAAAGCACAUUAGCAAUGGAUGUAAACACGGUGUUCCUGUUGUUGUCGCAAUCAAUGCUCACGAGACAGACACUGAAGCAGAAUUGGAAAUGGUAAAGAAAGCUGCUCUCGAAAGUGGAGCGGCAGACGCAGUAAUUUGCACUCAUUGGGCUAAAGGUGGAUUGGGAGCUGCGCAAUUAGCCGAUGCUGUUAUUGCAGCAACAAAUAAACCAAGUAACUUCCAAUUUUUGUACAAUAUCAACGCGAGUAUUGUCGAAAAAAUAAAUACCAUCGCAAAGGAAAUGUAUGGAGCAGGAGAAGUCGUUUUAACUGAAAAGGUUAAAGAAAAAAUCGAAGAAUACAAUAAACUAGGAUACAAUAGUUUACCUCUUUGCAUGGCAAAAACAUCCAAUUCCCUAACUGGAGAUUCUAACAUAAAAGGAGCACCGACUGGUUUUAAAAUUGAAAUCUCCGACAUUUUCGUCUCAGUAGGCGCAGGUUUUAUUGUUCCAAUGGUUGGAGAAAUAAUGAUGAUGCCAGGAUUGUCAACGAGGCCAUGCGUUUACGACAUGGACUGGAAUUGUGAAACUGAUCAAAUAGAGGGUCUGUUCUAAAACAGAAUAAUUGCGGAAAGAAAUAAUAAAAACCUAUACAAAAAAAAUAAAUUCUAUUACAACUGAAAUAACCUCAGGAAAGGAAAACAGAUCGUUGCAUUAUUUGUAUUUUUAUCAUUGUUAUAAAUCUGAUUAUUUCUCUAUA